AUGGGUGCGGUGGUGCAGGUGGUGGGGGGUGCAUCAUUUGUGCUUGCGAGAACCGCCACUGGACAGGUCUUUUCAUGGGGUCACAACAACUACCACCAGCUCGGCCGCCCGACGCCAAACUCCGCCGACCCGCUCCCCGGCCUUGUGGCCGGCCUGGCUUGUCUGCACGUGGACACUGUAGCAGCAGGGUCGCACCACGGGCUUGCUUUUGGGCGGGCGGAGCGCGGAAAGGAGUUGGAAGUGGUUGAGAUGGAACAGGUGGUGAAGGAAGAGUGGGAGCGGGGCGAGAUCAUGCAGGUGGCAGGGGAGUGGUUCUCCCAGCUGCCAGCAUCGGGGUUCGAUCCCGCCUUCCGCAACCCCUGCUGGAAGGACGGCUCAGGGUUUCACUGCCUGCCCUACUUCCUGGUCAUCGGCGCUAUGAGGAGUGGCGCGCGGGACUUUUUCCAUCGCUUGACCAUGGUGCAUCAGACUGCGCUGCUGCCUGCCUCUAUGGACAACCUCGAAUGGUGGGACAUGAGGGAGUACGACCCUCUAGACUGGUACACGAGCAAGUUCCAACCAGCAGCAGCGCACAUAGCCACCCACCCAACCGCAAUCGCAGGGGAGGUGACCCCCUCGCUGCUCACCCACUCAGGCAUCUUAGCCCGCGGGCCUCACGCACGCCAAUUCCUGCUUCCAGAGCUAAUCUUCUCGCUGCUCCCGCAUGCACGCUUUAUUGUGCUCCUCCGCAACCCUAUCGACCGUUGGUUCUCUUCCUUCCUGUCUGCUAAGCAGCAGGACGAUUCUCACAUCACUUUCGACAGCAGCGACAGCAGCAGCAGUGCAGCGGACGCCUUUGCGCGGCACGUAGAUGCGGUGUUACCCGCAAUUAAAGGGUGUAUGGUGGACCAUUCCCCUGUCUACUGCUCCCGCCUGCUCUUUCACUCCUUUCCCCACGUGUGUCGCAGCAUGUAUGCUUACUUCAUCUCGGACUGGCUGGAAGUCUAUCCUCGGAAGAACUUCCUCUUUAUUAAGUUUGAGGACUAUAUAUCAGAUCCAAAACUACACCUCAUUCAAGCCAUGAGGUUCCUUCAAGUGCCUUCAGCAGAUACAAUUUCAGAUGACACGUGGAAAGAUGUUACGGCGACCGCCAUGUUCUGGUCAACGCGCCACGACUAUCAGCCAGUCGCGACCACCACCGAAGAUGGCACCGCGUCGUCCGCAUCCUACGCCGGAGAAUCCGGAAGCCCGUCGCGAGCCUCACCAGGAACCGUGUCGCCAUCAGCGUCAUCGCCGCCGCCCAAGGCGCAGCAGUGGGUGAUAGUGCUCAUCGCCGUAUUUGGCGGGCUUGCGCUGGCGAUGACCCUUGCCGCUGACGUCAUGCGGGUGAAGCAGUCGUCCACUCACAUGCUCGACGCACAGAACGCCCUGCACUGCAUCUACCCCAGCAGCCCCUCGGGGGGUUAUGCUGCGGCAGCGGCGCUUCUGCUGGUGGUGGCUCAGGGGUUCACUCUCCUGCACGGGGGAACGCACUGGUGCCAGGCCUCCCGCCUUGACACACGGAGGAACCGCAACCUUCUGCUCGUGGUUCUGCUUACAAAUCUGAUCUUCCUUUGCGUCACCAUCCUCGCUCUCUCUGUCUCCUCCCUAGACAACGCCCAUCCGGGAACCUACGCCCUCCGCUCCUCCCCCUCCUCCGCCUCCCUCUCCCCCAACCAAACCCCCGACCCCUGUCCAGUAGCCGACUCCGCUCUCUUCCUCUCCGCCUCGCUCCUCUGCCUCUUCACCGUUCUUCUCAUGGAGGCGUAUUAUCUCGCCGCCAUGCGCACGCGGCAAUACGCAUGGAUGGUUUCUCGUUAUUGCACCGUACGCUCGGUGCAUCUGGAGGCGUUUCAGCGCGAGGCCAUGCGUGCAAGCGUUGUGCCGGUCGGAUCGCCGCGAUCGGAUUUAGAAGCAGGAGAGGAGAUCAAGGAGGCCUAA